AUGAACGAAAAGGCAGCACUCCCGGAGGCCAGCGAAAAGGCUCUAAGUGUCACUCCCGAUGGCGAAGAACCCAAUGCCGAGGAAAACGUAACUCUUCGCCAUGUUGCCGAACACCUGCCUAUCUCCGCCUGGCUCGUCGCCAUCGUCGAACUUUGCGAGCGUUUCACCUAUUAUGGAAUGUCUGGCAUGUUCCAGAACUACGUUCAGCGCCCUUUGGAUGGCAGCGAGGGGCGCGGCGCUCUUGGCAUGGGCCACGAGGGAGCCACGGGUCUGACCACUUUCUUCCAGUUCUGGUGUUAUGUCACUCCCAUCCUCGGUGCCAUCGUGGCUGAUCAAUACCUCGGCAAAUACAAGACCAUUGUGGUGUUUUGUAUCAUCUACCUGGUCGGUCUGCUCAUCUUGGUCUGCACGUCCAUUCCCACGGCUCUUUCUCAUGGAGCCGGUGUUGGGGGCUUCAUCGUGGCAAUCUUGAUUAUCGGUCUUGGCACUGGUGGUAUCAAGAGUAACGUUGCCCCUCUGAUUGCGGAUCAGUACAAGCGGAAGAAGAUGGCCGUUUCGACCACCAAAAAGGGCGAACGGGUCAUCAUCGAUCCCUCCCUUACGAUCCAGCGCAUAUACAUGAUCUUCUACGGUUGCAUCAACGUGGGCUCCCUGUCUCUGCUGGCAACUCCCUACAUGGAGAAGUACAUCGGCUUUUGGUCCGGAUACCUGCUCUGCUUGUGCAUGUUCGCUGUCGGCACUAUGGUGCUCAUUUUCGGCCGCAAGUACUACGUUGUCCGCCCUCCGCAGGGCUCGAUCAUCACGGAUGCUUUCAAGGCUCUGUGGAUCAUGGUUAUCAACCGCAACAUGGACGCACCCAAGCCCACCUGGCAGGCGGCCAACGGCGGCGGACGGACCAACCUCCCCUGGGACGAUCACUUCAUCGACGAGCUCAAGCGUGCCUUGAUCGCGUGCCGCGUGUUCUGCUUUUACCCGAUCUACUGGGUCGUGUACGGCCAAUUCUCGAGCAACUUCGUCACCCAGGCCGGCCAGAUGGAGGGCCACGGAAUCCCGAACGACCUGAUGCAAAACUUCGACCCCAUCUCCAUCAUCGUCUUCAUUCCCAUCCUGGAGACGCUCAUCUACCCGCUGCUGCGUCGCUUGCGCAUCCGCUUCCGUCCCAUCACCCGGAUCUCCCUGGGUUUCGUCGUCGCCUCCCUGGCCAUGAUGUAUGCCGCCAUUGUCCAGCACCUCAUCUACUCGGCCGGGCCCUGCUAUGAACACCCCGCCUGCGCCGCUUCGGAAGUGGACGGGUCGACCACCGGUAACCACGUCCACAUCGCCAUCCAAACCCCCGCCUACGUGUUCAUCGGUCUGUCUGAGAUCUUUGCGUCGGUGUCUGGCUUGGAAUACGCCUACACCAAGGCCCCCCCGUCGAUGAAGUCCUUCGUGCAGUCCAUGUACCUGCUCACGAACGCCUUUGGCUCCGCCCUCGCCGAGGCCCUGACUCCCGCCGCCUACGACCCCGCUAUCCUGUGGAUGUUCGUCGGUCUGGCCGUCGCGUCCUUUCUGGCCGGUAUCAUCUUCUGGCUGGUGUACCACCACCUCAAUGACCAGGAAGACGCCCUGAAUGCCCUCGAUGCCGAUGACCCGGAGACUCCCGCGCCAGCCUACGAGGAGAAGAGGGAGGAGAACUGA